AAUAAAUAGUGGGUGCCAAGAGAAGAGAUAAUACAAUACAAAAAAAUAUGGAAAGUGUUGAAAGAAGUGGAAACAUUGAAUGGGAAGGAAAGAUGACAAAGAAGAAGGAGAAAGGAGUCUUGUUAGAAGGCUUCGUAGAUGAAAAUCUUUCCAGGACGAAGAGCUUAACCGAUGAAGAUCUUGACGAGUUGAAAGGAUGUUUAGAUCUAGGUUUCGGAUUCAGUUACGAGGAGAUUCCGGAACUAUGCAACACACUUCCGGCGCUAGAGUUAUGCUAUUCGAUGUCGGAUUCUGGUUCGUCGUUUGCGAAUUGGAAGAUCUCGAGUCCAGGUGAUAGUCCUGAAGAUGUUAAAGCUAGGUUGAAAUACUGGGCGCAGGCGGUUGCUUGUACGGUUAAACUUUGUAGCUAGAUGUUGAUUUGCACAUGAAGUAUGUAUGAUUCUCUGGAAUAGGUACUGAUGAAUUUGAGAAUGAGAAGGAGGUGUUGUGUU